AGAGGCAGAAACACCAGCCCAGCUCCCACACUUCAUCCCUUGGCAGCUCAGGGUCCGGCUCACGGAGCCUCAGGGGUGCUACAGCUCCCAGGCUCUGCCUCUUCCAGCAAAACUCAGCUUAAACUGAUGCCUGGCUCCCUCUCCCCUCUCUUUCCAGAUCCAAAAUGACGGUCAAAGCUGUAAAGAUGCCGUGCACCUCUGCAAACGUUUAUACUAAAGUGCCUGACGGAGGAUGGGGCUGGACAGUCGCUUUUGCGUUCUUUGUUGUGGAAGCCCUGACAUACGGCAUCAUAAAAUCAUUUGGAGUCUUCUUUAACGACCUGAUGGAAAGCUUUGACGAAACCAACAGCAGGAUAUCCUGGAUAAUAUCCAUAUGUGUGUUUGUACAGACCUUCACAGCUCCUCUGUCGACGGUCCUCAGCAACCGCUUUGGCCACCGCCUGGUGGUGAUGGCCGGGGGGCUGCUGGUCAGCACCGGCAUGGUCAUCGCGUCCUUCGCCCGCAGCGUGGUGGACAUGUACGUCACCAUCGGCAUCGUCUCCGGCCUGGGAUACUGCCUCUCCUUCCUCCCGACUGUCACCAUUUUAUCACAGUAUUUUGACAAAAGGCGCUCGCUGGUCACAGCGGUGGCAUCCACAGGGGAAUGUUUCGCUGUCUUCUCCUUCGCACCAGCAAUCACGGCCCUGAAGGAGCAGGUUGGCUGGAGGUACAGCAUGCUUUCUGUCGGGGUGCUGCAGCUCGGCAUCACCGCCUGCGGAUCGCUGCUGCGCCCCAUCGUCAUCAGAGAGCAGGAAGAAGUGAAAGCACAGCCUCCAGAGGAGUCCACAGAGACAAAGUACAUGCUUGAAAACGAGCAAACAUGCACCUCAAUAGAGUCCAUAGACUCAGGAGUCGAUAUAACUACCUCACCCAGCAAUGUGCCUGGAAAAACCAAAGCAGAGCCGAAAAGUGAAGAACCAAAGCAACACAGACAGAAUCCCGUUGAAAAUAACAGCACCCCUCCAGAACCAAAAACCAAACUACUGGACUUCUCUGUGAUGAGAGACUAUAGCUUUAUCUGUUAUGCAUUCUUUGGCCUGUUUGCAACCCUGGGCUUCUUCGCUCCCUCCCUCUACAUCAUCCCCCUGAGCCGCAGCCUUGGCAUCAGCAAAGACCACUCUGCCUACAUCCUGUCAGCCAUGGCCAUUGCCGAGGUCUUCGGGAGGAUUUUUGCGGGCUGGGUUCUCAACAAGAAGCCGAUCCGCAAGAUCUACAUCGAGCUCAUCUGCGUCAUCCUGCUGUCGGUAGCGUUGGUUGCCUUCCCUUUUGCCUCUGGAUUCUGGGGCUUGAUGAUAUGUAGCGUUUAUUUUGGGUUCAUGCUCGGCACGGUGGCGGGCACGCAUAUUCCCCUCCUGGCUGAGGACGACGUGGUUGGCAUCGAGAAGAUGUCCUCUGCAGCUGGGGUCUACGUCUUCAUUCAAAGCUUAGCUGGGUUGGCUGGACCACCCCUUGCAGGUGUCUUAGUGGAUACGACAAAGAACUACAGCUCAGCCUUCUACUCCUGUGCUGCUGGCAUGGUCCUGGGGGCUGUGUUCCUGGCCCUGGUGAGGCCAUGCAAGACUGGGCUCUGCCACCAGCAGCAGCAGCAGCAGCAGCAGCAGCAGCAGCAGGUGGAGGAGAGCACGGCGGGGCCAGCACCAGAACUACCAGAUGACUUUAUAGACAUGGAUAUUGGAAAAGCAGAAAAUUCAGGAAAAGGCUCUGACAGCGUGGUAUAAAAACCCUGUUCCUUCUCCAUCUAAUGUACUCAGUGUAAGGCUGGGGGAAAUGUCAGCUCUGCUCCACGUUUUAAAACUCCAUUCUAAAGGGAAUGUGAAAUUUUAAAUGUGAACAGUUGCUACCAACAAUUUUCUUUUUUUUUUUUUAACUAUUAGACAGAACUUUUUUAACCAACAAUGGAAAGCUCCAUAGAAAAUACGGAUAGCCACAUAAGAAUAACUUCUGUCUAGCAUGAAGAUGUGAUGCACACUUGCUUUCCUGAUAACAAGCAUAGGUAAAGGUCCAACUGAUCCCAUAAAUACUGACAACAGCAACAGCAGAAGCAGCUCAGCCUCUGACUGUCACCCAUCCCCUACCACAAAUUCCACACAGACCCAAUAAUAUGAACUGGAGAUGAGCAUUUCAUACACCACCAGUAGCCAACUGAAUCUUCUGGAGGGAUACAGACUCACCUUUUAGCUUGGAGGAGGAGGCUAGGCUAGAUAGCUGACAAUUAGAAACCAUUGCUAAUGAUCUUAACUUGAAUGUCACAAAUGCUGGGAAGUCAAAGGCUCCAUGUGUCUUUAUGGCCAGUUAUUACUGCACAUAUUUCACAAGAUCAUUUUUCUUCUCCCAACUGGGAUCCUUAAACUGUUUUCUGUUGAUAGUCAGACCUGAUGUACUGUUUCUAAUUUAACUAGUAUUUAUUAAUUUAUUCUGAGAUUGUUAAAGGAGAUUAGCUCAAAUAAUUGGAGAGGAAAAACGAUCUUCUGCAUAAUGGAAAGCUGUCUUUACAUCAAUCUCUUCAAUGCCUAUCUUGUAUUGCUUGUGAAAUUGUUGGGAAAAUUACUCUUACAGCAUAAAGUGUAGCUGUUUUUAAUAGGUAAGUCUUAAAUAACCCAGUUAUUUAGAAAGGAAAAAAAAAAAAAAACCAACAAAAAAACCCCUACAGAUCCAGCAUCUCUUUCCAUGGAGAAAGGCUCAGCUGGUGGCCACGGAGCUGGCACGGCUGCCGGAACCAGCCCAUCCCACAGGGAGGAUUUGGCCCAGGAUGUCUUAAUGUACCCGAAACCUCGGCUCACAGGUGCACAAGGAAAUCUCUGCUGCAGCCCCAGCUGCCUGUGGCCCCCCCAGGACCUUCCCCUCUCCCUCUGCUCCCCAGCCCUGCCAGCCUGGGCUGCUGGGGCUCAGCUGCACCCCUUCCCCAGCGCACCCCCAAAGGCACCAAGGGGCUUUUAUUUUUUGCUGCUGACUUCAGCGAGAAAUGAAGUGGAGCCUGUGCAUGAAGGGAAGGAUAAAAGACAACAUUUGAGCUGUUCAUUCAGUCUUAACGGGAGAGAUUCCUGCUCACAGUGACACGAGCUUGCUUACCCCACCUAUAUGCAUCUUCUCGCCUCUAGGCAACUCAGGGGGACAAAUCAAACAAGUCUGUUCUGGUUUGAGGGGAAAAGAAACCCCAAACCACCAUUUCUGUGUACUUAAAGUGGAAGUGGCAUCAUCCAUUAACUGCUACACUGACCUGUCUGUGUUUUACCAGCCAUAGAAACGUGGGACAAUCUGUAAAAGAAAAGAAAAAAAAAAAAAAAAAAAAAAAAAAGAAACAGGCAUUCUUGCAACCAAGUGGCUGGAGCAAUUCAUCCUCACUGCCCGGGACCUGCGGUCUCGUGUCCUUCCUCUGCCUCAGCACUUUAUCACGGCCAGCAGAACCUCGCUGUGUGCACCCAGGACUGGAAGAUCCCUUACAGAGAACUAGAGUUGUGUGAAUCGGUGAUCAGUGAACAAAUAACCACAUUGCAUUACGUUGUACUUUUAAUUUAUUGUUAAUUUAUGAUACUUCAAGCGUUUUGGUAAAUGUUCUGUAGCCUAUCCUUGUAAGGUUAUUGAAGUCUUUGUGAUACGAGACCUCACUACAGCACUUUGCUAUUACAACUGCUUGGAAGUGGAUUUAAGGCCUCCAGGUUUUGCGUGUGUGUGGAAGCUCCCUGUUCUGCAGAUUUGCGAGGUUCUACUGUAUUUACUUUGGGUUUUUUUUCCUUUUAUUUUGUACCAAGUUUCCAGUACAGAUCAAACACUCCAUUUGUCACUGACCUCACAGUUUCUGUUCCUGUCUGCGUCGCGGCACGAGCAGGGGAGCGAGUGGUGAGUGUGUGUGUGAGAGGGCACAGCACAAGCAGGAUUUACUGAUUUGUUUGUAACAUUACUGAGUGGACUCUGGAAAUACUCUUAAACACUGAGAUUUGCAAUAAACUUUUUCUUUUUUUUUCUUUUUUUUUUUUUUGUUUUUCUCUUUUUUUUUUUUUUUCCUCCCUUGCCUCCUUCUUUUAAUAAUAAACACAGUGAAGAAACUUC